AUGACUUCUACAUCUUCGUUUAGAUCUAAAAAACUAUACGGUAAACUACCGUCACAUCAAACUCAAUCUUCUAAAUCAUCAUAUGAAAGAAGGCUGCCAUCAUCUUUAUCACAUAGAAAUGAUUCUUCCUCAUACAGUCCAUAUUCUCGAACAAGUAAUAACAACAAUAACAACAGCAGUAAUAAUGCAUUACCGCCACCAUCACCAACGCAUAAUAACAAUUCAUCAUAUUCAAGGAAUGAAAAGGAAAGAAGUUUAGUUGACUAG